GAAUGAGAGUUCAUUGAAUUUUGUUUUAUUUUUUCAUCAUUUUCCGAUAAUAUAAUAGGCUGAUCGCGAUCCUGGUUGAGUUAUAUGACGCCUUUUUAUUCAUGGAGUCAGGUCGAUUCGCCUACUUCUAUAUCUCUAAAUGUAAUGCAGUUUUCCUGUUGUCUUUUCCUCUGAGAUAGUUUUGUCCCAGUAUCUGCAGUUUUUCCUGUUGUCCUUUCCACUUGGUAGAUAAAAGCACGUUUAUCCUUUCCUUGUCUACAACAGGAAUACAUCAGUGAUGUGUGGGGGAAAGCUUGGUUUCACAUAUAUGUCAACUGGACUCCGAUUAUCUGCAAAUUUCCUUCUUUUCUUCCUUAACGGCACCUGAUCCUACUGUUAUACCUCUAUAUUAUAACAUGCGGUCAUGGUCUUAUUGGUGUCUUUAUCCAGUAAUGACGAAAUUCAUUGUUGCCCUUAAGUUCCAUCCGGGUCUAAUCUUAGUUCAAAGUUGUUGUUCAUCUGCAUUCGUGGGUAAAACCUUUCCAUCAACUGCUUUAUACCGGAUCAGCAGUGUUGGCGCUUCUUUUCCUUCGAGGAUCCUCCUAAUGUUUAAAAGAGAAUGCCAUGCUAUUGUGUCAAAAUUGUUUUGCCAAUGACCUAUGCUGUUGUAUCGACACAAAAGCUUAAACAAGCUUUUUGCAAAGACAUGAAAACGUAAACACUGCAAAUGUGAGGCGAGGCUGUUUAUUUUUACGUGUUAAAACUUUCGCGAAUAAGUUCCCGGAAUUUUUAUGCUGGGUUUAAAUUUCGCGUAUUUUAAGAGAACGCAAAAACAGCAGUUAUGCAAUAUCCACUAAACAUAAGAGCUGCAAAGCAGACAAUGAAUUCAGAUACGUCUGGACAAACGCGAUAUAGAUAACAAUAUAUUUAAGAAUCAAUAUUUCAAAAAACACCCGAGGAUGACAUGCGACGGAAGCAGCACUUAUAAGAGCAAACAUUAGCUACUUCUCAUAUAAACCCCAAUCGAUCACUUCCGGUUCCUGUAAUGAACAUUUCUAACACCUUUCAAACAGACAGAAAUACAAAACGGUGACGCAUGACUGUUGAUUACAUAUCCAUGUGAAGAUUUAUAUUAGCUUUUAAGUAAGGGAUUUUAGCAACUGGUAUAGCAAACAAAACAACAACAAAAGUGGUCUGACAUUAAAAGCCCCGUGCUAACGAUUGUAAUAUGAUAAUUCAUCAAUGUUUAUUAGCAAACAUACAUAUAUAUCAAAGGCCGAAUUAUUAAUUAUAUACACACAGACCCAUAUUUCUACAUCACCUGCUUCUCCUCACAUCUCACUAUUAACAGAACUGAUACUUGUAACGCAAGUUUUACCUUUUGUCUGACUUUCCCACUUUACCAUAAAUCUUGGAAUCAUGCAAUCAAAUUCAUUACUACUGAUGUUUUAUAUCUCAACUCUAACACAAGGACUAGAACUAGAGGUGCCCCAGUUCCUACACAACUUUUGUUUGUCUAGUACGGGGUAUAUGUCUAUCAGUGAGAUCGGUCUGUAUGGCUGUGCACGACGUUGCGGUAUGUAUUCCGGGUGCAAAUCGUUCACAUACAACAUAGCACACCACAGAUGUCUACUUAACGAAGACGAUGCCAACACAGCUUCAGGACAAUUUAACGCCUGUCCCGGGUUUAUCUAUGGAGACAGAGCCAUGCUGAUUUCGGAUGUAACUUUGAUGGGCCCGUGCAGUGACCAUGACUGUCCAUAUUACACCACGUGUGUCCGUCUGUACUCUACAUCUCGGGUUUGUGUUGCAUCAGUCUGUGGUCCUUUCGCGGGUGUUCUGCUUUCUUUGAAAAGUGACGACAUAUCCACGACCAUGAGUGCAGUGGGUGUAUCCCGAAACAUUCAAUGUGACACGGGCUACAUAGGAUACAAGACAGUCGUCUGUCUGGCCAACGGAUUGUGGUCGGAGCUGGAAGACACAUGUACAGAUUGUGGAAACCCACCAAGUGUUGAUAAUGCUGUCGUUUCAAGCGGUGACACAACCAUAGGAUCGAACAGGGUAUAUGAAUGUCUUCCAACGACUACCGCUUCCGGUUCCGGUGACAUUACAUGUCAACAGGAUGGAACUUGGUCCACAUCCUCAUUGGUAUGCGUACUAGAAUCGGUGUUUUUCUUAUUGGAUCCUUUUGGCACUAUUUAAAACUGUUGUGGACAGCCAUCAAUACAUCAAGGAGUCACUAGCUAUAUAAUGACAUACUCUGAUAAAGCGUCAUUACAGCGAGUGUAAAUGACAUCCCAUUUUCAAAAUGUUGGUUAACAGUUUCCGAUUUCGUUUCUUUCGUGUGAAAAUUUGAAGAAAAAACAUCAUAUUUUGUUAUUCUGUGGAUUUUCUCAUCUUCAUAUUUUUGGUCGACUACAUGUGUGAGCCGUGCCCUAGGCGAUCAUCCUGUUUAUAGAAUUAGUUAACAACUGUAUCAUACGGCCAAGAUAUUUUUCUAUAUAUCUGUGAGAAUCCAAUGCUGAACAUGCUGAUCAUGCUGUGAUUUCCUUAUAAAUGUUAAAUGUUAGAGUGAUAAUCACCGAAUGACUCACCAACACAACACCCGACAUAUAAAUCUUGGUAAAAAAACCCACCAAACUCACGUCCUUAAAAUGAGGACCGGGAUAGACAACAAAACUACAAGUCAUACUAAUGAGCUAAAUCGAAAACGCCAUCCAUACCGCAGAAGGAAACAUAUCAUUUUAAAAUAAGAUUAUGAAGGUGGCUAAAAAGAUUGGUUAAAGUCUUUAUCAAAGUGCAUCUCCCGAAAGCUUGCAUUUUAAGUUUGUCCGUCAGCAAUCGACAUCUUUUCAUUAAAUUUGAUAUUUGGAUCAAGUCUUUGAUAGCAAAUCAGCUGCGACGUGUUAACAACGUAGGAGGGGGAAGCAGAGACGUUACAUUCAAGAAAGAGAAAGUUCACGAUCGGAGAAUCGAAAUCGCUACGUUUACCAUACAGCUUAGUAGUAAGCCGUAUCAUGUUGUAAGUAAAGGUCGAGGUCAGAGGCUGAUACAGGGCCAUUGAUAUAAGGUUGUUAUCUAAGGACAAGUCACAAAUAUAUCUGAAAGUAAAAUUGAAGGAUUGAGCAAGGUCUUGUUUGCCUUCAAAUUAUGAAAACGGCACACGUCGGUUAAGAGAGCAUGCUAUUAAUAUGCUGCAUAAAUGAACCGCCGACGUUAAGAAAUUUUCAACCAGGGGUUCAAUAAUUCUCAAUUUUUUAUCCUCGGUAUACCUCAUGUUGCUUCUUGUCGUGAUUUUCACAAAAUAUGAUCAAAAUGUUUUUCGAAGAUAGAUAUUCAAAAUUGAUUAAAAGCUUUUCAUUGGAGGUAUUCUAAUCCACCCCCAUCAGCUCCAACAUACGACUGUAACCCUGAUUUAAUGGUACUAAAAUGAUAGUUUAGAAGAUUGGAAUAUUGUUUGAGCAACUAGAAAAUUCCUGCGACGUUUUGCAAUCGAAUACAAAAGUAGCAGUCUAAGUUACAGAGCCAGUUUGCUAAAAUAAUAAAAUAAAGUCAUUGCAAAUCAUUGUCAUUUGAACAUUUUUACUUUACACUCAACGGCUUUAUAAAGGUUUUCCUACAAGCAAAUAUUUCUGUAACAGCUUAUGAUCAUAUCCACCAAGGUCUCGCCCACACGGCGUAGAGCUUUCGGCACAUUUAUAUUAAUCAUAUUUAGCCCAUUUCCCAUCCCUUAAGCGAGCUUAGGCCCAGUUAUAAUUGCUUUGUGUGUGCCCCUUUCACAAAAACAACCUUCCAUGGAAGAACUUUUCAAAAACACUUUUUUUAAGCCAAAGAACAGUUUAUACACUCACCAUAUUGUAAGUAACACAACAUGUUGCGAUUCAGAAAACAGCAGGGGGUUAGCUUCAUGUUUGUUCUGCUGUUGUAAAACUUGAAGAGUGUAACUAUAGUUACCAAAACAAAAGUACGGAAGUUGUGUAUUGAUUAAACAUGAACAUUUAAUUGCUCUAUUCAAUUUCACUUUUUGUGCUUUUAAAAAACAAUGCAAAUAUAUAGAUGCUUAGAAACUUUUCAUAUUUAGCAAAUGUCUAACAAAGCAGACAGUAAUCUGUAUGUUGUGUGAACUAAAAUGGUAUAUCUAAAGGGCUGUUUAACUAUGACAUAAAAAAGUAAAUGUAUCGAUCCCGGAGUAUUAUCGUCUAUUACUUCACAUACGAUAACAACAGCUAAUAGCAUGAGUGUGUAAUUGGCUUGGCAUUCCAGUUUGUUUCAUAACAAGAAUUCCCCGGAAGUGGAUGUGUCGCCUGCGCAGGAAGCAUGGAGAUUACGAAGAAAUACAUACACUUUUCAUUUCAAGAAAUAA